AUGGGUACUCAAAUCGUGGGUGACGUCACAGCUUGCAAGGGUCGCGAGGAAGGGGCUGCUCGCACAAUACAGAAGCCCAAAGUUGACGAUUACGAUGAGAAUCUUGAAAAUGAGGAAAAUCAACCACCUGAUGAUAGCGCCAAUCGAAACGAGAGCGCGGCUCAUAAAAACUGGCAACGAGCUGUUAGUGUCGCGAUCAGAGCUGGCCGUGAUGAUAAUCGAAUGAUAAACUCAGCUAGCCACUCCGAACACGCACCGACCAAAAGUCCCGAGACAAUACCUGGGGGAACCCCAAAUAUAAUGGAUCUGCAAUAUUUCUUGGAGAUGGUGGACGUUAAACACCGACACGGAAGCAACCUACGGGCUUAUCACAACGUGUGGAAGAACUCCCCGUCAAACCAAAACUUUUUUUAUUGGUUGGACUAUGGAGAUGGAAAGGAGGUGGAUCUGCCAGAGCGCCCGCGCGAGAAGCUUGAAAAGGAGCAGGUCCGAUAUCUUUCGCCCGCAGAGCGCCUGAAGUACAUGGUGACGAUAGAUGAUGAGGGCCUUUUCAGAUGGGUGAAGAACAAUGAGCUUGUGGAGACCGACAGGAACAAGUUCAAGGAUAGCAUACAUGGAGUUGUGCACAUGGAAGAUAAGGCGCCAAAGUUUGAAGGAAACUCGACUACUGGUAAUUCGACACCAGAAUUUGAAUCUAACCCAUCAAGCUCAUCAGAAUCUACUCCCAAACACACCAUCAGCACACGCAGCAGUGAAGAAGGGCAAUUAUUCACUGAACAGGACUACGAGCUUGGGAAAGCAGUCAAGAAGUUCUCUCGCAUAAAACCUGAGGCGAUCUAUGACCAUUUCGCGAGCACCGUCUCUGUAAAGGAUGGAAUGUGGAUUUUUGUUGCGGACAGCUCAUUUCGUAUUUAUAUUGGCAUUAAAGAGCCCGGUGCUUUUCAACACUCCUCCUUUCUUAGGGGAGGUCGCAUUGCAGCAGCUGGAAUGCUCAAGAUUCGCCACGGCAAACUAAGAAGUUUAGCUCCGCUUAGUGGUCAUUAUCGACCCCAUCUUGCCAAUUUCCGAGCUUUUCAUCAUUCCUUGCAAGAUCGAGGAGUUGAUCUAUCCCGAGUCUCUAUAAGCAAGUCUUAUGCUAUCCUAGCAGGCAUCGAGGGAUACACGUUGACAAAACGCAAGCUGACCGAGAAAAUUGAGGGAGCCAAGCAAAAAAUCCAUCCGACGCGUCACCCGGAAGAAACCGCUCAAAAAUGA